AUGGCAGCAGUCGCGACCGCGUCGAUCCCCGAGGCUCAGAAACAAGAGCUUCUCUGCACGUACGCAGCGCUCAUCCUCAGUGAUGACAAGAUGGACGUGACGGCAGAAAACAUCCAGAAACUCGUCACUGCCUCCGGCAACACCGUGGAGCCGUACAUGCCUUCCCUCUUCGCGAGAGCGCUGCAAGAGCAGAACAUCGCGGAACUGAUCAGCAACGCGGGAUCCGGCGCCUGCGCGGCCCCGGCGGCGGCUGCGCCUGCUGCUGGCGGUGACGCGGGCGCACCCGCGGCGAAGGAGGAGAAGAAGGAAGAGCCUGAGGAGGAAGAAGACGACAUGGGUUUCUCUCUUUUCGACUAA